ACUCAAGCUGGUUUCUCCAAAAUUACCUACCCCACCUUUAAAUUAAUAGUAUGUAAUUGAUGUACAAUUACAACAGCAAUGUGCUUGCUGUUGUUAUUCCAAAGUGAACUUUCCCAUGGGAAUCUAAAUGCCAUCAAAAAAAGCCUCCGGGCUGAAUGAAUCGGUUCCUAUAAAACCAGACGUUCCUAGAGCAUGACCUACAUUCUCGUGGAGGCAGCAACAGGUACUGAGAGCUGAAGCUGGUGGUUUUCUUCCCUUCUUUUGUGUGUGAUGUGCUCCCCCGUCGACCCUAUCUCCCCACUGUCUCCACAGGUGACCAUGGCUGAGUACAAGCUAGAGAUAACAACGGGUGAUCUGCAAUAUGCAGGAACAUCGGACUACAUUUAUGUCACCUUAUUUGGAACUGAGGGGCAGAGUGAGCGAACUUUGAUGGACAACUAUGGCUUCGACUUUCAAACAGGGGCACCAGGGAGCUACACCUUGAAAACCAGUUUUUCUCUGGGCAAACUUCUGCUGGUUAAGGUUGAGAAGGACCAGUAUUUAUGUCUCCCAGAGGAUGAGUGGUACUUCUCCAAAAUGGUGGUGACGACUCCAGAAGGAGAUGUUAUUCUUUACCCCUGUUACAGAUGGAUUGGCAGGGGAGAAAUGGUGGAGCUGAGAGGAGGGAGAGCAAUGAAAGCUUUUGAGGAUGAUCACCCCCUGUUGAUUGACCACCGGAAGAAAGAGCUGAUGCUCAAAAAGAGCUUGUUCCUAUGGAAGAGUAUGGGUGAAGGACUACCCCAUUUCAACAGUUUCAAUGACGUGUCUGAGCUCCCAGCUGAAAUCAGCUACUCCGAUUCCAGAACAGCUGACAUCAAUUACUCAAGAAAAAAAAUUGCUAUUGAACUCAAGGUUAAGGGGCUGCUAGGAUCUACUGCAGAAUGGGAGAGCAUUGAAGACAUAAAAAAAAUAUUCUGUUUUAAAAAGACAACAAUAUCAGAGUAUGUUGCAGACCACUGGAUGGAAGAUGACUUUUAUGGAUAUCAGUUCCUGAAUGGAGUCAACCCCGGUGUUAUAAAGCGCUGCUCAGAGCUUCCCACAAACUUCCCGGUCACAGAGGAAAUGGUGAAGCCGUUCCUGGAAGAGGGAAGCUCUCUGCAGAAGGAAAUGGAGAAAGGCAAUAUGUUCCUUUAUGACCAGAAGAAGAUGGAUGGAAUUCCCCCUGCAGCCUAUAAUGGUGAACCUCUGCACGUGACUGCUGGUCUCUGUUUGCUCAACGUGAACCCAGAAAACAAACUGAUGCCAAUUGCAAUACAGUUGAAUCAACAACCAUCUGAGAAGAACCCCAUCUUCCUGCCCAGUGAUCCAGAAACUGACUGGCUGCUAGCCAAGAUGUUCAUAAAAAAUGCAGAUUCCAUGGAUCACGGAUCAGUCCAUCACUUCAUGAGAAUUCACCUUCUGGCAGAGGUUUUCGCUCUUGCAGCUCUCCGCAGCUUCCCUGUGAUUCACCCAAUGUACAAGCUGCUGUUUCCUCACUUCCGGCACACUCUUUACCCAAACAUUAAAGCCCGCCUAACUCUAUUCGGACCUGAUGGUGUUUUAAGUAAGAGUUCACUUGGACUUGAUGGAAUACAUGAGCUCAUGAGAAGGGAUCUCUCUGAAAUGACCUACAGCUCUCUCUGUCUGCCGGAGAACAUCGCUGCACGAGGACUGGAGUCUAUCCCCAACUUUUACUACAGAGAUGAUGGCCUGAAGCUGUGGAACAUCAUCCAAAGCUUUGUGAAGGCAGUAGUGGAGCACUAUUAUCCCUCAGACUGUGAGGUGCAUAGAGACACUGAGCUGCAGGACUGGAUCAGUGAGGUCUUCACACAUGGCUUCUUAGGAGACAAAGCGUCAGGGUUUCCAGCAGCCUUUCAUACUGUCGAGGAAGUGGUCAAGUUCACAACCAUGGUGGUCUUCACAACGACGGUUCAACAUGCUGCCGUACACAGUGGGCAGUAUGACUACAGCUCCUGGGGCCCCAACGGCACGUUCCUUCUGCGCAAACCUCCUCCGACCACCAAGGGGCAGUCAAGCAUGAAGACGGUCCUGGAGACCCUCCCGAAUGUUGGCGAGACAGUCAGAUUAGCAGCGUUGUUUUGGUUGUUUUCAGACAGAUACUCAGACUAUAUUCCCUUGGGAACAUACCCAGAGGAACGAUUUGAUGAGCCUGAGCCUAAGCAGAUGAUAAAGGACUUCCAAGCAGCAUUGUCGUGCCUCAGUGAAGCAAUAACAACAAGAAACGCACAUCUUGAACUACCCUACUCAUACCUGGACCCUGCGGAGAUAGAGAACAGCGUUUCUAUUUAAGCAGAUCUGCGAUUGUAUCCAUGUAUUUCUCAUCACCUAUUUUACAUUCUGGGAGGUCAGUUAGACUUUUGAUAUAAUACAUACUGUAUAAAAGCUGGGGCAGAUAGAUGAGGUGUAAUGGAUAAUUCAUUAGCAGGGACCACGCCAAAAAAGUGUGAUGUUUGUAGGUUUAUUGCAAGAAGUAACAAAUGAAUUGAUAUGGAGGGGGUGAUGAGAUAUUCUGGUCUGGGAGGACGUGCUAUGGGAGACUUAGAGUGGGGGUUCCGUCUCCGGCAUGAUCUGCUCGGGCUGAUUACGGGCCCCCAGACAAUUCCUAGAAUUAGACAUUUUAAAAUAUACACAAGUUAAAUAUGAAUGGUGACAGGCAGAGGAUGUUGGGAAGUAGGGAUCAAGGGAUGUAGGGAUGUAGGGAUGAAGGCAUGAGGGAAGGGAGGGAUGAAGGGAUGUUGUGUGGCGCAGUGGAUUAGUGCUUUGGUGUUCGGAUCAGGGGAGCACAGGUUCAAACCCCACUGCAGUCAGCAUGUCGUUGUGUCCCUGGGCAAGACACUUCACCCCAAAUUGCUCCUGUGGGGAUUGCCCACAGUAUCUAGUAUGUAAGUCGCUUUGGAUAAAAGCGUCUAACAAGUAACAUGUAAUGUAAUGUAAUGUUGGGAUGAAGGGAUGUAGGAAUUUGGGAUGAGGGAAGGGAGGGAUAAAGGGAUGAAGGGAUGUCUGGAUGACGGGAUGUAUGGAUUGAGGGAUGAAUGGAUGUAGAGGUGUAUCGCUCAGUAGGAGGUAGAAGGGGAACCGUAUGGGUAGAUGGUAGGGGGAGGGUGGGUUGAGAGGAUGGAGACAAGCUAUGGCCGGAUGUUUGGCCGGGAAUAAUUAGAGAUGGCCGUGAUUAGAGACGGGGUUGGGCAUGCUCCUGAACCUAGGUUAACAAGUUAACUUCAUUUAGUAAGGUGUUGCUCUGGCCCCUAUUUAUCGAUUACAGGCAAAUUGAUAACAAAAUAGGGUGAAUGUUUUCUUUUUUCUCUCUGUGUAUUUUGUUGUCUCAGACCUUCUUAACCACUUAAGCCCGAUUGCCCCCGCCGGCGGGAAGAAACUCAGCUAUAAGUAAUGUUUUAUUUUUAGACGGAAACUAUAAUUUAAAUGUUUUCACUAUGUUCAAUCUGAAUUGACUUUAAAAUAAAAACAUCUAUAUUGAUUCUGACACUUCUACAGCCAACUCACAAGUGUAUAAUUGCUUUGAGAAAAAAGUUUAUUAAUUUACUUUUAGAAGUUAAGAUAUAGUCAUUUGUUCUGGGCAUGUCAUUUUCGAGCCUGAGGCCUGAAAAACAGGCUCAGGGUUUAACAGGUUAAUGUAUAUUGAAUGCAGCUACUGUGUGUUUAACGUUAGUGAAGGUUCCUCUUUCUUUUUCUCUAUUAGCAAUUAAUAAAAAAGCUAUUUAACUUCU